GUGUCUAGACUCUAGAGCACAGAACACGUUGCCUUUUCUCUUCUACGUCUCACAAAACGUUUUCUAGGAAAGGAUGAAAAAAGGCUACUGAUUCUUCUCUUCUCUAUAUGGUGUGUUUUCGUUUGUUCUAUGCAUCGCCUGAUAUGAUCAAAGAGGAAGUCGAAACGUUGCAGAAGCUUUGUUUUCGUGAACGUUGUCAAUAACGGAGAUUUACAGGAGACUGAUGAGCGACAGGGACGAAGAUUCGCCGGGGAAGUGUAGGGAGCGUCGCCGCCGGAUGUUAGAGAUGAGACGAAUGUCUUCACAGUCUAUUUCGCCUCCGGAUACUCGAGAACGGAAGGGGAAUAUAAAGGAGAGCUCAGGUUGCGUAGCCAAAGGGAAGAGGAUUCAUACCGAGGAGGCGACCGGUUACCAGACGAUUUCUUCGGUAUCGGCGCCAUCUGCCGGCGGUGUCAUUGUGGAUCCGGGUGAGAAUUCGGUGGCAGAACCGGUAUUUGGUAUGAUGUCGGUAGCUGGGAGGUCAAGUGAGAUGGAGGACGCCAUAUCUAUACGGACGAACCUUUGCCGACCUGAGAUUAGCUUACAGCAACCCGUGCAUUUCUUCGCUGUAUAUGAUGGUCAUGGAGGCUCUCACGUGGCAGCAUUGUGCAGGGAGAGGAUGCACCUGUUGAUGGAGGAAGAGUUGGUGCGCCUGGACUGCACGUGGAGUAGAGUAAGUGGUGAUGCUGGUGGUUUUGAUAGCACGAAAGAAAAGCAUGAGCUCCAAAGACAUGGCGGGAAUGAAGGAGCAGAGGAAUUUGAAGAGAAGUGGAGGAGAGUGAUGAAAAGGACUUUCCGUAGAAUGGACGAGGCGGCAUUGAGUACGUGUGUGUGUGGUAGCAUGGGCUAUCGGUGUGGAUGCCACCCGAUGGAGGUUGAGCUUGCAGGAUCCACCGCCGUGGUGGCCGUGUUAACCGCUGAACACAUUCUGAUCGCUAAUUGUGGAGACUCACGGGCUGUUCUCUGCCGUAAUGGGAGGGCCAUUCCGCUCAGCUUUGAUCAUAAGCCCGAUAGAUCAGAUGAACUUGCAAGGAUUGAAGCUGCUGGGGGCCAAGUCAUUUUCCUGAACGGAGCGCGAGUUCAAGGCAUUCUUGCUAUGUCUAGAGCGAUAGGGGACAAAUAUUUAAAGCCAAUUGUGACGUCAGAGCCUGAGACAACUCUAACAAAAAGGAAACCAGAAGACGAUUGCUUAAUUCUCGCUAGUGAUGGUUUGUGGGAUGUUUUGUCAAGUGACUUGGCGUGUGAAGUGGCUUGCGAGUGUCUGCGAGAAGGUAGUGCUCCUGCAAACCUCAGUGCCGGUCCUCGGAUGGAAGAUGAGAAGUCCAGUGCAUUGUAUCCUGCACGUAGUGUACUGGCUGCUGCACUGCUAACUCGCCUUGCUUUGGGUAGAAAAAGCUCUGAUAACAUCAGUGUCAUUGUUGUAGAUUUGAAGAGGAGCUGAGCUGAUGGGAGAGAAAGUUCAGGAGGGAACAACAGCAAGAUAAAAUGAAACCCAGAAAUCGUGCCAAAAAUUGCAUGGAUUAUUUAUAUUCCGAGUGUGUGGAAAGCUCAGUAAUUGCCUAUUGUAGGGGUUGCCUGGUUGGGACUUGGGUACUUUUGGAGGCCCUGGAUUUCACUUUCUAUACAGUGUGUUCAUAUGGAAAGAGAUCCAUGGUUACGGUUGGGUUGCAUGACCAGUGCUAAACUGCUAUAAUGCCAAGGAAUUAGACAAGCCUUUGCGCCUUUACGAACAGUUGAAAUUCCUCUGACGGAAUCUAUCCUACCAGCACACUACUUAUCUUUGUUUUAGUCCACAUGAAAGGCAAUUUCCUUUUCUAACGCUUUUUUUUUUUUUUUGGAAGCACUAACAUGGUUUGGCUUAGCACGUGAUGCUCGGCGGACAGCAAGAGCAAGCCGGUUGGUCGGUUCAGGCGUUCAGCUUCACUUUGCUGAUAAAUUAUCAUAUUGUCGACAUUUGCUUGCACCGUAAAGUCUGACUUAAAACGAACAAAUUGAAUGCAGACAAUGUGUAAUCAAUAUUCAAAUGUCCCCAAGAUAAAAUAAAAUUUAUGGACAUAUCCAAAAUGUUCAAAUAUU